CCCAUGUGUGAAUCCGCCCAACCUAGGAAAUGAAGGCUUCCUGUUGUUUUAUACAGGCUUCCUGCAGAAAGGUUGAGAUAUGUAAUCCCUACCAACCAGGGAAGACGGACACAGCAUUGUCAGGCAAAAUGACAGCCCCUAGUUUCUCACUUAUAUUUUCUGGGUAUUUUGUGGCUCUUCUCAUCUGGGGAUGUACAACAGUGGUUUGUCUGGUUGAUGAAAAUGUAGCAAUGCAACCUGUCACAACAAUAGGUUAUGACUCAACCAAGAUGAUGAUUGCUAAGGCAGCCCAAAAGGCAAAUAAAUCACAUGCUGUGAGCUGGCCAGGCCUUCGACUGUGAGAAACUGAGACUAAAAAGCAGAACAAGAGUUAAAGAGUAAAGGGUUUUCAGAUGUGAGUCCAGCCCAGCUUGGGUGUGCUCCCUUUUAUUUGGGAGAAUGGAGAGGACAAUCUUUGUUGCCUCCACCCCUUUAAAAAAGGAAGAAAAUCCAAAAGAAACGUGUGUUGGAGAGAGGAAGAGCUGCUGCCAAGGCGCAGGGCCGUCAGACAGAUCUUCGAAGAACAUCUGCUAACCGCGGGUAACUCUGUUUGGACAUCUGGUAACCGAAGGUUACACUGCGUCUCUUCCAUCCUGUCGGGUUUCCUGUUAUGCCUCGCUGUACACACUCUAAGAAGUUUAGGUUUAUUAUACAUGGUCAUCAGUUGGAGAAAACGCACCUUUAUUCAUUUUUUCUGACAUGAAGGGAGCGCUUGGUUUCAUUGGGGUAUUCCUCUCCGUUCUCUCUGAUACCACUAAUGGGCAGUCUACCUUGCCAUUUGCUUGUGGGAAUAAUUCUCACCUUUGUAUGGACUAUUGCGAAAUCUGUCCUAGUUUUUUUGGUGGACCAACAAUGGAGUGCCUUUCCUUCAUGUUUGACAGUGUAUGUCUCCAGAAUUUUAAGAAAUCGAUGGCAUCACUAAACAACACUGAGUGGUGCAUUUGGCGUAACGUGAGUGGUUUGUAUAGUACCCUAAGCUAUUGCACAGAGGAGAUAUCUGACUGUCUCCUGAUCCCAUGGCCCAACCCUCUGGUGGAAAAGACCUUUGUGGACAUUCACGCAGAGUUUUUCAAGGACUGUCCCACAGAGGAGCUAAGCGACCCACCACCAUCCAUCAUCUUUGCCCUGGUGAUAACUCCCAUCUGCCUGAUCCCCAUCAUGGUUAGCCUAGUGGUGCUCAAGACCAAGAAUGGGGAUGGCAGCUCCUGAAAAUCCUGAAUUUCUGCUCCGCUCACUGUCACCAAGAAUAUUAUGCUUUUGACCUACGCUGUCCCUCGUAUCUCAACCUGAGGACACAUGUACCGCUGCUGUGCUUUCUUUUCACCAGUGACUUCAGAGAGGACAGAAGGACUAUCUGCAGCAUCACAGUUAUUGCGGCUGUUCAAUAACACAUCCCUUAAUGUUAGCAGAGACUCACUGUGACGAAAUCUAUGUUAUUCUAAAGUUCUGUACCAUACUGUGACAAAUGUUAUAUUUUCAACCACCUGACUCAAGAUCUGAACCUUUCUAUAUUGGUCACACCCAAUUUGCACACACUAUUAAGAACACAGAGCUUGAUUUUUAGGGUUUCAGGGUUAUGUUAACAAAAGCUCCAGAGCUUGCAAAAGUAAAGGCAAAAUAUAUUUGUGUUGACACUCCUCAUUAUGUUGGACAGCAGUUGUGUUGAUAAAAGACAAGAUAUUUUUUAUUGCUGAAUUCUUCUUAAGCAUUUAUUUUUACUACCACUCAAACUAAACACUGCUUUGAGCCAUUAAUUAGACAAUGUACAGUGUGUAUGCAGAGAACAUGUGCAACCUAAAACAUUUUUUAUUUCUGAAUUGGAUACAGGUAGGUGUCCAUGUUUGUCUUAUGAAAAGGGUCUUUUAUAUGUGGACAGGGAGGACAGGAAAAUUAGUAAAGUCUGAUGUAUGGAUCUGGUUAUGUGAGUCACAGUGUAUGUAAGGUUUGGGGUCAGAGGUUACAGAUGGGACACAAUGAGUGGGUAUGUGUAGAAAAGUAGAUCUCUUUCCUGGUAUUGUCUGUUUCUGAACAUUAAGAAACCCUUCAGCACUUUCCUGUGUCCAAACAAUGACAAUCCUCAUGACUAUAUGGUGAGCUAAUUGAAGCAAAGUGGAUCUAACAUCUCCACCCAAUUCAGAAAAAUAGACAUUGUCUUAUAGUGAUAAACACUGAGCAAUGACAAGAAGAUAAAAAUGUUAUCUUCUGCCUGAAUCACGAUAAUAUGGUUAUGUUUCAGUCAGUAUUGAAUGAUGGUAAAGCCAUGGUUAAUGCUUUCAGACUGGAAACAAAUUGUGUAUUUAUAUACUGUGUUUUAUUUCUGCCAUUGUCAGGACUUAAUGGACUUACUGUACUGUCUGAGAGAACACAUUCUACCUGCUCUCACACCAUGUACUGUAUGUAUUUUGAUAAACGUUUUCAUAUUUUAUGCAAUUAAAUCUACAGUUGAAAUA